AUGUUGUUAACUACUGUUAGGAGGGAUGCUAAUGAGCAAAUGUAUCCUUUGGCUUGGGCAGUUGUUGAAGGAGAAAACAAUGACAGUUGGGAAUGGUUCAUACAUGAGCUAAUGCAUUGUUUGGAAGUAACUGAUGGUGGGGCUUCAUGGACAUUCAUUUCUGACCAGCAAAAGGGUCUAUUAAAUGUUGUUUCAUGUAUUUGGCCCUAUGCAGAGCAUAGAAACUGUGCAAGGCACAUCUAUGCAAAUUGGCACAAAACAUUCAAAGAUGAGGAGCUAAAAGAGUUGUAUUGGAAAUCAACCAGGGCUUACUCUGAAGGUGACUAUCUACAAGCAAUUGAAGACAUGAAAUCAAUCAAUCCUGAUGCAGUAGAGGCCUUACUGAAGCAGAAUCCCAAGUGGUUUAACAAGUGCUAUUUGGACACCCACACCAAGUGUGAUGUAAUAGUAAACAACAUGGCAGAAACCUUUAAUGGUUUUAUCAUUAAUGCAAGGUCAAAACACAUAAUACAUAUGUUAGAGGAUAUAAGGAUUCAGGUCAUGAGUAGGUUAGUGACAAAAAGGACAGAAAUGGCUGCCAAAGAUGUUAUCAUAUGCCCUAAAAUCCAGGAAAAACUUGAAUUUUCAAAAGGUUCUUCUUAUAGAUGUGAGGUGUAUCCCUCAUCAUAUCAAGUUUUUCAAGUAAGGGAUUUUGAUGAUGUCUCUGUGGAUCUGGAAAACAGAACCUGCACAUGUAGAAAAUGGGAUUUAAGGGGAUAUCCUUGUAAACAUGUAUGUGCUGUUGCUGGUUUUCUACAUAAGAGUCCUGAAGACUAUGUUGAUGUGUGUUAUCACAAAGAUACAUACAUGAAGGCUUAUGAGGUCUCAAUACCUCCAUUGCCUAGUGAAAGGUAUUGGACCAAGAUCCAUCAGCCAAUGGAUCCACCACCAAUCAAAUCUGCUCCUGGUAGGCCCAAGAAGAAUAGGAAGAGGGAUCCUUAUGAAGAUCCAAAAAGCCAGGGAAACUCACAAAGCAUGGGGUUAUAA